ACAAAUAGCUAAAAUCCUUCUGAGUGAUCUUCUAUAAACAUCUUAAUCCAAACCCUUAAUAAUCAAGAAAACAAUGUACUCUUCAUUCUCUCUAUCCAAAUGUCUCGUUUCUUUCCAUAUCUUGGCUAUACAACUCCUCAUACGCAGCGUUUCAUCCCUGAAUAUUACUAAUGAGUAUCUGAACCACAAAUGUCGGGUUGAACAAGGAAAAUACCAGCCAGGAAGUGAGUACGAGAAAGACCUCAACUCUAUCACCGGUAAUGUCGCUACCGAAAAAUUUGUAAACGGGUUCGUACACAGCGCAAUUAAAGACGGUACCAAUUCCGCUACCGUCAUAUUCCAAUGUCGGGGUGACUCUUACAGGUCCAAGUGCAACUCCUGCUAUGCCACCGCACUCGCCGGGUUUCGUAAGAGAUGUCCAAGAAACAAAGGAGGGAUAAUAUGGUACGAUCAAUGUUUUCUCGAUAUUAGUAUGAUCAAUGAAGGAGCCCCAAGGAAAGUCAAUUACAAGAAUACUUUCCCUAUGCACAACCCAAACAAUGUGAGAGGGGAUACAAAGUUGUUUAACAAGAAGACAAAUGAUUUUUUCCAACAGCUGAUUGCGAAAGCUGAUAAAGCCGACAAGGAUGACAUCGAGUUGUUAUAUUAUGCGGCAGGAGAGAAGAGAAUCGGGACGAAUAAACUGUAUGCAAUGGUGCAGUGUACGUCUUGUUUGGAAUGGAGUAUCAGCCAUCUUUCUAAGUGUUGCGACGGUAAACAAGGAGCGAGAGUUUUGGGUACAGCCUGUAAUCUUAGUUAUGAGCUAUAUCCUUUUCUUAGGACUUAA